AUGAAGGAUAAAAUAAAUAUUAGCACUUCUCAUAUUUAUGAUGAUUCUAUUAAUAUUACUCAUGGGAAAAAAAGAAAACUAGAUAAUGAUGAAUAUGAAAAAAUAGAAAUAUUACAUACAAAACAUACAAAUCAAAAUGAUAAUAUGAAUUGUAAUUUAAAUGAGAAAAAAAAUAAUGAUAUUAAUAAUGCAUAUAUAACCUCAAAA